GUCCUUGGUGCCUCUAGUUUCGUUUCCUUUCCCUCAGCGUGCAGGUUCGGGAAAGUCAGCUGCUUGACAUCUUGGGCAUGACAUUAACUGGGCUCCGCCCCUCCCGGCAGUCGCUGCAGUCGGCCGUGAGGUUUCCAGCCGCUCGUCCCGCCCAGCGGAGGGCGGGGCUACGGCUCCGCCAAUGGGAGUGCCACGCGGGGAGGAGGGCGUGGCCGAGCCUCCUGCCGCCCCCGGGACCCCGGAACCGCGGGUCUACGGCGCAGCUCGGUGAUCCGUCCCGCCGCUCCCGGGCUGGGUCCGCCGAAGUCGGGGGCGGGGUGGGCUCUGGAGCCGCUUGGAGGAUUGCAAGUUUCCGCGGGAGCCACUGGGAGGAGCGGCCCUGGACGCUCGGAAGAGUCCAGAUGGCGCAGUGGGAGAUGCUGCAGAAUCUUGACAGCCCGUUCCUGGACCAGUUGCACCAGCUCUACUCCCGGAGCGUGCUGCCGAUGGAUGUCCGGCAGCACUUGGCCGUCUGGAUUGAAGGCCAGAAUUGGAGGGAAGUUGUGCUGGGCAAUGACCAUUCCACGGCCAACAUGCUCUACUUCACCAUCUUGGACCAGCUGAACCAGUGGGACCACUACAGCUCAGACCCGGAUUGUUUCCUACUACAACAUAACUUGCGGAAAUUCAGCCGGGACAUCCAGACCUUUUCCAAUGGCCCUACCAAGUUGGCGGAGAUGAUCUUUAACCUUCUCCUGGAAGAGAAAAGAAUUCUGAAUCAGGCUCAAAGGACUCAGGAGGUACAAGCCAGGCCAGCUCCUGAAGCAGCAGUGGAAGGCCAGCAGUUUGAGAUUGAAUCCCGAAUCCUGGAUUUAAGGGCUCUGGUUGAGAUAUUUGUGAGAUCCAUCACGCAACUGAAAGACCUGCACGACGUCUUCAGCUUCAGAUACAUGAUUUUCACUCAAAAGAAGACGUCGUCUUUGGAUCCCCAUCAGAACCAACAGCAGCAGCUUGUACAGACGACGGCUAACCAACUGGACAGGAUGAGAAAGGAGGUGCUGGAUACCUCCAAAGCCCUCGUGGGCCGAUUAACCACCCUGGUCGACCUGUUGCUGCCGAAACUGGACGAGUGGCGGGUGCAGCAGCAGAGGUCCUGCAUCGGAGCGCCACCCCCGGAGCUGCAGCUGGAACAGCUGGAGCGGUGGUUGACGGAUGGCGCAAGACUCUUGUUCCACCUUCGGCAGCUGCUGCAACAGCUGAAAGAGAUGAGUCAGAGUCUUCACUACGAGGGUGACAUGUCUAGGCAAGGCGUGGACCUGCAGAAUGCGCAGGUCACAGAGCUGCUACAGCGCCUGCUCCAAAGGUCCUUUGUGGUGGAGACUCAGCCCUGCAUGCCCCAAACUCCCCACCGACCCCUCAUCCUGAAGACCGGGAGCAAGUUCACUGUCCGACCAAGGCUGCUGGUGAAGCUCCAGGAGGGCAAUGAAUCACUCAAAGCAGAAGUCUUCAUUGACAGGAAUUCAGAGUUACCAGGCUUCAGGAAGUUCAACAUUCUGACCUCAAACCAUAAAUCCUUGACGCCUGAGGAGGGCCAGAGACAAGGCUUGAUUUGGGACUUUGGCUUCUUGACGCUGGUGGAGCAACGCUCUGUGGGUGCAGGGAAGGGUAGCAGUAAGGGGCCGCUGGCCGUGACGGAGGAGCUGCACACCAUCAACUUCACGGUGCAGUACGUGUACCAGGGUCUGAAGAUGGAGCUGAAGACGGACACGCUCCCUGUGGUGAUCAUUUCUAACAUGAACCAGCUCUCCAUUGCCUGGGCCUCGGUUCUCUGGUUCAACAUGCUCAGCUCAACCCCCCAGAACCCCCAGUUCUUCUGCCAGCCCCCCAAAGCCCCAUGGAGCUUGCUGGGGCCCGUCCUCAGUUGGCAGUUCUCCUCCUACAUCGGCCGAGGCCUCAAUUCUGAGCAGCUGGGCAUGCUGAGGAACAAGCUAUUCGGAAAGAACUGCAAGAUGGAGGAAGCGUCGUUGUCCUGGGUAGACUUCUAUAAGCGAGAGAGCCCCCCUGGCAAGAUCCCUUUCUGGACAUGGCUGGACAAGAUUCUGGAGCUGGUCCAUGACCACCUGAAGGAUCUCUGGAAUGAUGGGCACAUCAUGGGCUUCGUGAGCCGCAGCCAGGAACGCCGGCUGCUGAAGAAGACCGUCUCCGGCACCUUUCUCCUGCGCUUCAGCGAAACUUCGGAAGGGGGCAUCACUUGCUCUUGGGUGGAACACCAAGAUGAUGAUAAAGUGCUCAUCUACUCCGUGCAGCCCUACACCAAGGAGGUGCUACAGAGACUCCCACUGACAGAAAUCAUCCACCACUACCAGGUUCUCGCCGAAGAGAACAUCCCUGAGAAUCCGCUACGAUUCCUCUAUCCCAGAAUCCCUCGGGAUGAAGCUUUUGGGCGCUACUACCAGGAAAAAGUUAAUUUUGAAGAACAGAGGAAAUACUUGAAACAAAGGUUCAUUGUGAUCUCUAACAGACAUGUGGACGAGCUGCAGCAGCCUCUGGAGCUUAAACAGGAGCCCGAGCUGGAUUCAUUAGAGCUAAGUGCGGAGCUCAUGUCCCCGAUGGAGUUAGAACAGGACCUGGAGUUACAGACACUGCUGAACACAGGGCUGGAUCUGGGGACGGAGCUGGAACUAAACCCCACACUCCGUGUGGCCCCACAAACAAUGCUGGAGCCAGACCCCAGGCCUGUACCGCAGCUCUUGCCAGAGUCAGGGUUACCUGAUGACCUGCAGCAUUUGAACGUGGACGAUAUGGAAAUCUUCAGGGAAAGCGUAAAUAUUGAUGAUAUCAUGCCCCAUGAUGACCCGCUGUUGGCUGGCCAGAACAUCAUAGAUGAAGCCUGCAUAUCCCGCCGAAGCCAUUUUGAUGUGGAUGGACCCUUGCUCCCCUCCGAUGACUAGGAGCCACGUUCCCAUUUGGUCCCUCCGACCUCCCACACCAGGACAUUGCUUCCAACAGUGGGAAAUGAGGCCUGCUAAGCUGGGUUAGCCGUGAACUUCGGAGUAAUAGGUGGAAGUAUAAGAUGGCUUUGAAGGAGCAGCGACGAAUCAGAACAGACGCUGGCCACAGUCUUACUAGAACCUUGAGGCUACCCGCCAUGCUGGGAGACACAGAGGCCCUGACGGGGGCAAGCCAGGACAUCUGGGAGAUUAUCAGAGAUUAUCCAAGGCAGUGAGUCUUUCCAGUAUGGAAGGGUUUUAAUGGUUUGAUGAUCGGUAAGGCUAAAUUGGUGUGAACCAUGGUUGGGUCUUUGUGGAGAGCACAGAGAUGGGUGGAGUCUUGCUCUUCCUCCUCCCCUUUUGCUAUCCUGGGUCUUGCCAAACCCAGAGUUUCACCCAUAGCAACCACGACGGCACUGAGCCAUACCCCAAGUCCUCCAGUCCUCACUUCCAGUCCAACCUGACCCUUUCCUCGUCUCCUCCCUUCGCUCCUGACUCCAGUUCUAAAUCUCCCGUCUUCCUAAAGAGGCCGAGAGCUGACUGCUUCAGCCCAGCCUGUGAAACGCUAUCCCGAGGAAGGGCGUGGCACGUCGGAUUCCUCCCAGCCGUCCCCUGCCCCGUUCAAUUCCUCCCCCACAAAAUAACCCUACUCCUCUUACAAAGAUGUGAAGCUUUGCUCUUUUAGGGAGGCUCGUCUCCGCUUCCCCGGUUCUGGAGAGAAUGGCUCCUGGUCUGGGCGGUAAGGUUUCUGAGCAUCGGGACUUGAUGGUUAUGGUACUCCGCAGAGCCGAGUGUCUGGAGAGAAGUACUGCUUCUAAGCUAUGUGACUAAUACGUUGUCACUGCUGCUUUUAUACCUUGUCAACAUGAAAGCAACGCUUCUGUCCCUUAGGCGUGACCUGGGCAAGGACCUUGGGCCCUUGAAGGUUUAUCAGAGGCCCCUGGACAUCCUUCAGCCUUAGCCAUUCAUUGCCAGGCAACCUGGGAGCAGCCUACUCUAACCCGAGUGGUCAGUGAACCCAGGGGAACAUCCUGUGACCCUUUCCUUCCUGGUGUGUCAGAAGAAGAGUCCUGUUCAGGAAGGGGUUAAUAAUGGUGGGGGGAGGGGACAGCAGUUGCCAUGUCCAGCCAUGAAGGUGGCAUGAGCAAACCAGAAACCAAGGAGCUAGAUAAGGAAGACACACAGAGAGGGGCAGAGGAAGCUCAGGGAGCUAAAAGCGAAAGUCGUAAGAGAAAGGCCAACAGAUGGAAGGUAAGAAACCCAGCCACAACCGCCACCUUUAAUCCCAGUACUCGGGAGGCAGAGGCAGGCGGAUCUCUGUGAGCUCAAAGCCAACCUGGUCUACAAAGCGAGUUCUAGGACAGGCAGGGCGACACAGGAAAACCCUGUCUCCGAAGAAAAGAAAGAAAAAACGGCAAAACCAGGCAGGGUGAUACAUGCCUUUAAUCCCAGCGCUCAAGUGGAAGGUGGAUCUUUCUGAGUUUUGAGCCAGCCAGGGUGACGUAGUGGGACCCAGAGAGAGGGAGAGAGAGAGAGAGUGCUCUGUGCCUGAGAUGAUGGUAACGCGUCGUCCCGUCCUUUGUAAGUACCUCUGUUCCUCGCUGUAGCACCUUUCACCAUUUGCUGCCUAUAGCUAGAGUGAACUACUGUCUCGAGUCUUUUGUACAUCAUAAUAAACUUUUGUUAGACAAACAACAACCAAAAAAACAAAAACAAACAAACAAAAA